GUGGCCAGUGCUCAGUCGUGUCUGCGCUGCGAGCGAAUCACCAACAUAUAAGAAUAAUUUCCCGUCGGAAUUUCCACCGAACUUUCAUUUGUUUACCGAGUCACGAGAGACGAGAGCAAAGCAGCAGGGCGAAAAAUAGUUUUCCCAUUCGGCCUGGCCUGGAAUCUGUGGAAUUCGUUAAUUGCGGAGCGCACAAUUUUUUAUUAAGUGGCGUGAAAUUUUGCUGGCAACAGCAAAACACACACAAACACAGCCAUGCAAGAGCUAAUAAUUGCUCCGCUCGUUCCUGCCACCAACAAUGUGCUCCAGAAGGUCUCUUUCGCCAAAGAGAAUAUUGAGAGCGAAAAUGUCAAAAAUUCGCUGGCGCAGGUGGAGGACAACAGCACACCCUAUCCAGGACUCUCACGCCUAACUCCCUCGCUCAUCCUGUGCGGCGCUGCGGCUGUGGUGCCCGCCCACAUGGACAAGCUGGGCGUGAGUUGCGUCAUCAAUGUGGCACCUGAGCUGCCGGACACGCCCCUCUCGAGCGUAAUGAAUCCACUGUACUUGCGUGUGAAUGCCCAGGACCGUUCGGAGUGCGACCUGGCCAAGCAUUUCGAUGAGGUGGCUGACCUCAUCGAGGAGGUGCGCCUGAACGGGGGCUGCACGCUGAUCCAUUGCGUGGCGGGUGUCAGUCGCUCGGCUUCGCUCUGCCUGGCCUACCUGAUGAAGCAUGCGGGCAUGAGUCUGCGCGAAGCCUACACCCACGUGCAGUCCAUACGGCCGCAGGUUCGUCCGAAUUCGGGCUUCUUUCAGCAACUGCGGCGCUAUGAGCAGCAGCUGCGGGGCAGCAGCUCCGUGGCAAUGGUUUACUUUGCCUCCUUGGACAAGGAAAUUCCCGACAUACUGGAGCCACAGUACAGGGCCAUGGAGGACUUUUAUCAGCGAUACCGCAGCUCGCUGAGGAAGCGUUAGGCGGCGGGGACUUAGGAGAUAUUUCGUUAUGUGUGAUAAUUAUGGGUAGAAAUUAGCUUAAAUGUAGAACCUAGAGUAUGCUGAAAUUAUGCACUUUCGUAAUUAAUUACAAAUACACUUUUUAUUUAAGAACAUUCAA